UAGGCCAAAACAGUGUUUCCACACAAGUGUUGCCAAGAUUUUAGGGGGAACAAAAGCUGUUUCUUGCUGGAAAGCAUCUAAAUUGUUAAAUAUUUUAAGUUUUUGCAUUUGCUGUUUGAAUUUGGGUAUUAUGCCACCCCCAAGACCAAAGGGGAUAGGAUUUAAUACAGGGGUCACACCAGCUAGGCCCAGCUCAAACACCCCCAUGUCAGAAAGACAACAAAUGGCUUUAUUAAUCCAAAUGACAGCAACCUCCUCAACAGAGACAUCUCGUGCGCAUUCAAAGAAAAAUGAUAAGAAAGGAGAUGCAGAUAUUGACGAGCUCAAUGUUACGGAAAAGCAAAUAGAGAUUACUGAAGGUAAAGACAAGCCAGCAAUCGACGAUGGUACUCAGGAUGGCAAAAAUGUAGAGCAAAAUAUAGUUCAAAGUGUCACAAGUACAAAACGAAGUUAUUCGGAUAUUGAGGAAGAGUUCGAGGAUCAUGGAGAUGAUGUGAAAAAGAAGAAAAGGAAAGAUUUAGAUGGUGUAAAAGAUGCGAAAAAUCCUUCAAUUAAGAUAUCAUCAAAGAUCGAUAAAAACUCCAAGUUAACAUCUACAAAGAGCUCACCUUCAGGUAGUAAAUUAAGCACAACUGUUGCUGAUAAAGAAGUGGACGUAAAUAAGACCGUUGAGAUUGAAAAUGAAACAGAAGGAAGUGAAGAUUAUAAGAGCAAUGAUAGUCUGUAUAAUGGUGGUCUGAAAGUGCCACCAUUAAAAAUUGUUAUUCCCCAGCAGAAUUGCUCAAUUGAUACAGAUGGAAACGUGCUGCGAACUGGAAAAGUAGCUGCAUCCCGAAAUGCAGCGCUCCCUUAUGUGGUCAGCUCUAAUAGCGAUUCAAUUGAUAAUAUAUUAUCGAACCAAUGCCUUAGUCCUCAUGAAAGUCCACAGAAAGUUAAUAUUGCUUGCUCCACAAUUUUGGAUGAUAAAAAUAUAAAGCUCUUCAAUGACGAAAAGAAUUUAAGAGUUCUGCGCAGUUCUUAUCGAAGUGGCGUGACAAGCGCUGAACGCAGCUCUAACAAUUCAUCUCCGCAAAUGCAAAGUAGCUCUCCAUCUCCAGCAUCGUCGAAUCAUGCUAAUGAUAAUGCUGACAUCAAGGUAUCAUAUUCAAAUAUGACAUCAAGCCCGAUUCCACAAAAUCAAUUUGAUCACGACGUUUUGCCGAACGUGCCGAGCCCUUCAACUUCUUCAACAUCGUCGUCUAAGGAGAUAAUCUCAUCCUCAAAUGCUGACCUACAUCCGCGAAAACGAAAAAUAAGACCCAAAAAUGCAAAUGAUGAUAAUUCAAAGAUAUCCCAAGCUGAUACAUCAAUAGCCUCUGGCGAAUCUCAUCCACAUGAUUAUCCCUUUACAAAUGGAUUCCAAAUGUUUUUAAAUAUUCGACGACAAGUGGAAAAGAAGUGGAAGAAUUUAUAUCCAGUGAAACCACGUCCACCACAGGGAUUUAAUGAUUAUCUUCUGACUAAACGAUCAUACCUUCUAAAUGAUAAUGUGGACACGCCAGAAAUAGAAAUACCGGACGCAAUACCGGAGAGUAUGAGAUCAUUUUACCUAAAACAAGAAAAAGCCAGACGAGAAUUGGUCGAAGAACAUACGGUGGAACGAGAAAAACUUUGUUUAAAUGUUGAACAAGAAAUAAUCCGAGUACACUCAAAAGCAGCCAGAAGUAUAUCUGGUCAGUGUGCGCCAUAUUCCGUUUGUACAUUCUUAAAAGAUGAUGAAAUCUAUAACAUGAUUACGCCGGAACAAGACGAAAAAGAAAAGAGUGCCCGCUGUCGAUUUAACGGUCGAUUAUUGCUUAGUUGGCUACAAGACGUUGACGAUAAGUGGGAAAAAAUAAAGGAAUCUAUGGUUUUACGACAACAUAAUGAAGCGGAAAGUCUUCAUGCAGUACAAGUAAUGGAUUGGAAUAUAUGCUUAAAACAAAAGAAGUUGUGUGACUACAUAUUUGAAUCCACUGUAGACAAGAAUCAUGUACCUAUCGUCCAUGUCGGAGAAGAUUUUGACACAUUACCAGCAUGAAAUUGUUCGGAAAUUGAUUCUAGUUGCAAUACUUUAUUUUUAUUGUAUUGAUUACGAUUACUCGUAAAACUUGUAAUAUUCAUUUUCUUAACGACACACAUUUAUUUAUUGUAUAUUUUCUCAAUAAACGUAAGCCAAGAACUGAGUAUUAAA